AUGGCACAGAAACUCAUUGUUGUUGUCGGUGCGACUGGUGGUCAAGGUGGCGCUGUUGUUUCCAAGUUUUUGAGCGAUAAGACAUGGAAAGUCCGUGGAAUCACUCGAAACACGCAAAGCGAAAGGGCAAGGGCCCUCUCUGCCAAGGGCGUCGAAAUGGUUCAAGCAAAUAUCGACAAUCUAGUCAGCCUUGACAAAGCAUUCGAAGGAGCGACGGCUAUUUUUGCCGUGACGGACUACUACGAGAGUUUUUGGGACAAGGGAUGGGAGAAGGCCAUGGAAAUCGAGUAUGCCCAGGGAACAAACAUGGCGAUAGCGGCCAGCAAGGUCACCACCUUAGAACAUUACCUCUGGAGUACUCUUCCCCAUACAUCUCUUAUCACAAAUGGCAAGGCGUUGGUACCUCAUUUCGAAGCCAAGGGCCGUGUGGAUGACUUCAUCCGGUCAGACAAGACGCUUUUGGAGCGAACUACCUUCUGUCUCUUCACGACUUUCACCAAUAAUUUGAUUCAGUACGAUAUCUUCAAACCAAUAUAUGUUCCUGCUGCGAAGAAAUGGAUUCAACAUUAUCCAACAGACCCUACAACCACGUACCCAUUGCUGGGAGAUCAUUCGGUCAACUCUGGUAUUUUCGUCUACAGUUUGGUGACGAACAAGCCUCCUUCAGGAGCUUAUGUGCGGUGUACUGUGAAGGACUACACAUUGGAAUCAUACCUGGCGAUGUGGGGCAGGGAGAGUGGAAUUUCUCCUGAUCCUAACUCAACCAUGGUUGUUCGCCUAUCACCUGAGGUCUAUACGAAGCUUUAUGGGGAUAUGGGUGAAGAACAAGCACGUCAAUGGGAGUUUCUACGGAUUUUGAAAGACAGCGGUGCCACGAAUAGGUAUGGAUUUCCCGUGCAUGAUGUGCAGGAAUUCAUGUCUAAAGAGGCCAUCAAAUCUCUUAUGAGCCCAGAAGAGUCGGUUAGAAACGUGAACUGGAAGGCUCUUGGAUUCUAA